GUGAGCCAUCUGAGGUGGGGACAGAACAGAAUGGGACGGAUCCAGGCUGAGCUGGGGUUACUACGGUGCAAGGACCCUCUGCAGUCAAGAUUCUGCAGGAGCUGGGUAGCAGAGCACGGCUCUUUCCCUCUGAGAACCCCCACCAUGAUGAGCUCGCAGCAUCCCCAGCCCCAGGCGCCGUACCCAGGCGAGGGGCAGGGGCACUACACCUCCAUGCACACCCCGUUCAGCCUGGAGAACAGGCGGUCCCUGGAGCUGGAAAGGUUUUACCAGCUCACCCAGCAGCAACGUGAGUUUUAUCAGGACAAGACUGGGAUGCUUUACCCCAUUCCCUACUUCAUACUGCCUGAGGAGGAGAAGGAGAAAUAUCCACACCCACUGGACCUCCCCCAGCUCAGCGGGAAGACGCGGUGGCACUUGAUGCGUGUGUCCCCAGAGAACCUGCGCACCUACCAGACAUUCCCGUCGGGCAAGAGGGUCACCUCCCAGGAGAGAGAGGUCCGUGACAGCUUCUUUGAGUACAGGGCGUAAGCGACAGCAUCCUUUGGUGCAAAGCUGGUUUCCCAGUUGGGGGAGCCGCGAUGGUAAAUAAAGCUGAGAUAAAGGAGA